UAGCGGAUUACUAGGAUGAUUGCGGCGGCGUUUUUGGUCCUUUUGAGACCCUACAGCAUACAAUGUGUGCUGUUAUUAUUGCUGCUUUUGCUCGGAACUAUUGCGACAAUCUUAUUUUUGUGUUGCUGGCAUCGCAAGCUUCGCGAUGGAGAGCAUCCAAUAAAAUCGGUGCUCUCUGGACGCUCGAGGAGCCGCGUUGGCCUCCGAGCACAUCAUUUUCGGUCAGAGGUCUGUAGGCACAGUCCACGCCACGGCAGAAGGAGCGUGCGCGCUCGAGUGCAGGAGGAAAAGCCGAGUCUGGUCGAAGUUCCCGAGAGCGAAUCCGAAACCUCUCUGAGGAAACGCAAAGUAAAGAAGCGAGUACAGCCGGAAUUUUAUCAGUCUAUACAGGUCACCCCCACACGUAAAGCUAGCUCCAGCUCGGGGAACCCGUCCCUUCACUGUUCCAUGUCUUCCUCGAUCGACGUCUCCGACGAAGAGGAAUACAGCGUGAAAUCUGGCUCUGCGUCCCCGGCUCCGGGAGACACGUUACCCUGGAACCUCCCCAGACAUGAGCGCUCGAAGCGGAAGAUCCAGGGAGGGUCCAUACUGGAUCCAGCCGAAAGAGCGGUCCUCCGGAUCGCAGAUGAAAGAGACAGAGUGCAGAAAAAGACAUUUACCAAAUGGAUAAACCAGCAUCUUUUCAAGGUCCGGAAGCAUAUCAAUGACCUGUACGAGGACCUGAGAGAUGGACAUAACCUGAUCUCCCUGCUGGAAGUCCUGUCUGGAGACACACUGCCUCGGGAGAAGGGACGAAUGCGCUUCCACAGAUUACAAAAUGUACAAAUAGCCCUGGACUACUUAAAGAGACGGCAGGUCAAACUUGUAAAUAUAAGGAACGACGACAUCACAGAUGGAAACCCGAAGUUAACCCUGGGAUUAAUCUGGACCAUCAUUCUGCACUUUCAGAUCUCUGAGAUCCACGUGGCAGGCCAGUCCGAGGACAUGACGGCCAAGGAGAGGCUUCUGUUCUGGUCCAAGCAGAUGACGGACGGCUACGUGGGGGUCCGCUGCGACAACUUCACCACCUCCUGGAGGGACGGCCGGCUCUUCAACGCCAUCAUACACAAAUACAGGCCCGACCUGGUGGACAUGAGUCUGGUGUCGACCGAGUCCAACCGGUCCAAUCUGGAGCGGGCCUUCGAUGCGGCAGAGCAGCUGGGCGUGGCCAGGCUGCUGGACCCCGAGGAUGUUGACGUCCAGUCUCCGGAUGAGAAGUCUGUGAUAACGUACGUCUCCACGCUGUACGACUCCUUCCCCAAGGUCCCCGACGGUGGUGACGGUAUCAACGCUAACGACGUGGAUAUUAAGUGGGUGGAGUACCAGAACAUGAUCAAGUACCUCAGCCAGUGGAUCAAACACAACGUGACUGUAAUGUCAGACAGAGCAUUCCCCAACAACCCUGUUGAACUCAAGGCACUUUAUACACAGUAUUUACAGUUUAAAGAACAUGAAAUCCCACUGAAGGAGAACGAGAAGACCAAAAUCAACCAUCUUUAUGAGAUGCUUGAGGUGUGGAUCGAGUUUGGCCGUAUCCAGCUUCCCGCCGGCCACCACCCCAACGACAUAGAGAAGGAAUGGGGCAAGCUGAUCGUAGCCAUGUUGGAGCGGGAGAAGAGCCUCCGACCGGAGGUGGAGAGGCUUGAGAUGCUGCAACAGAUCGCCAACCGGGUGCAGCGAGACUGUGUGAACGGCGAAGACAAGCUGUCGCUGGCCAGGACCGCCCUGCAGUCUGACGCGAAACGCCUGGAGGCAGGCAUCCAGUUCCAGAACGAGGCUGAGAUCGCCGGCUACCUCCUGGAGUGUGAGAACACGCUCCGACAACAAGUGAUGGACAUCCAAAUGCUCCUGGACGGGAAGUUCCCCUUCGCCGAUCAACUCGUCCAGAGGGUGUCCAAACUACGGGACGACCUGCUCUCCCUGAGGACCGAGUGCUCGUCCGUGUACAACCAGGGCCGCACGCUGACCGCCGAGCAGACGAAGCGGAUGAUCUCGGGCAUCAGCAACAGCCUCAACUUCGCCCAGAGCGCGAACCCGGCCCUCAGCCCGGCCCUCAGCCCGGGCGGAGCCGCCGGAGCCGGGUCCACCUUCACCUCCUCCGGCCUCGGCCCCGCCCUGACCCCCGGGCUGCAGCCGCAGUCCAUGGGGGGCGACGGCGGCAUGGAGCCCAUGUCCCUCCAGCAUCUGAAACACGCGCAGAUCCUCAAGCCCCUGGUUAAGCCGUCGCUGCUGGACACCGACAUGACGGAGGGAGAGGCCAACAUGAACUUUGUGCAGGACCUUCUGGAUUGGGUGGAGGAGAUGCAGGUACAAGUGGACCGCGGGGAGUGGGGCACGGAUCUGCCGAGUGUGGAAACGCAAAUAGACGAUUUCAAAAGCGUGCAUCAAGCCAUCGAAGAAUUCCAGACGAGUCUGAAGGAAGCCAAGCACAGCGAGUUCCAGGUGACCGUUCCCCUCAAACACCGAUAUUCAGAAAAACUGAGCGACUUAGAGAGCAAUUACGAGAAACUACUGAACUGCUCGAGGAAGAGACAGAGCAACCUGGAGAAGCUGCACGACUUUGUGUCGCGGGCCACCCAGGAGCUCAUCUGGCUGAACGAGAAGGAGGAGGAGGAGGUGGCCUUCGACUGGAGCGACCGGAACAGCAACAUAAACAACAAACGGGACUACCACGCCGACCUGAUGAGGGAGCUGGAGGAGAAGGAGGAGGCCAUGAAGUCGGUGCAGGACAAGGCGGAGAGCCUGAUGCUGGAGCAGCACCCGGCUAGGCCCACGAUUGAGGCCUACCGGGCGGCCAUGCAGACCCAGUGGAACUGGAUCCUUCAGCUCUGCUCCUGUGUGGAACAGCACCUCAAGGAGAACGUCGUCUACUUCGAGUUCUUCGGUGAGGCCAAGGAGUCCCUGGACCGCCUGAAGAACCUACAGGACGCCAUCCACAGGAAGUACGGCUGUGACCGUACCAGCAGCCUGCACAAGCUGGAGGACCUGGUCCAGGAGUCCAUGGAGGAGAAGGAGCAGCUGCUGCAGUACUCGACCACGGUGGCCGGUCUGGUGGGCCGCGCCAAAACCAUCGUCCAGCUCCGCCCGCGCAACCCUGACAGCCCCGUCCGGAGCUCCAUCCCCGUCAAGGCCAUCUGCGACUACCGCCAGAUCGAGAUCACCAUCUUUAAGGACGACGAGUGCGUCCUGGCCAGUAACUCUCACCGGGCCAAGUGGAAGGUGAUCAACCCGGGGGGCAACGAGGCCAUGGUGCCCUCGGUGUGCUUCACUGUGCCGCCCCCCAACAAGGAGGCCUUGGAGAUGGCCAGCAGGAUCGAGCAGACGUACCAGAACGUUCUGUCCCUGUGGCACCACUCCCACGUCAACAUGAAGAGCGUGGUGUCUUGGCACUACCUCAUGGCCGACAUACGCGCCAUCCGCAACUGGAACGUGGCUUCGGUGAAGACCCUGUUGUCGGGGGCCCACCAGCAGGAGGUGCUCAGCCACCUGGACUCCCACUUCGAGGAGUUCCUGGCGGACAGCGAGGAGUCGGAGGUGUUCACGGUGGCGGACCGCGCCCACUCGGAGCGCGAGGUGGAGGCCUGCAAGCAGUACUACGAGGAGCUGCUCCGCUCGGCUGAGAGAGAGGAGCACGAGGAGUCCCAGUACAACCACUACAUCUCGGAGGUGCGGAACUUCCGCAUGCACCUGGAGGCUCACGAGGAGCACCUGAUCCGCAAGAUCAGAACGCCCCUGGACCGGGACGACCUGGAGCAGAGCCAGCUGCGCAUCAGCGAGCAGGAGAAGAAGAUGAGUGAGCUGGACCAGCUGAAGGGGGACCUGGAGGUGAUGAAGGAGAAGUGCGAGGUGUUCCUCAAGCAGGCGUCUACCUUCCCCUCGCUGCCCACGCUGUCCUCUGAGCUGCUGGUCCUGGUGCAGAACAUGGGCCAGGUCUACUCCAUGUCCUCCAUCUUCAUGGACAAACUGAAGACGGUGAGCUUGGUGGUGGAGAACAGCCAGAGAGCCGACGCCCUGGUCAAGGUCUUCGAGUCCAAACUAUACGAGGAGGACGCGGUCAACUGUGACCUCAAAUCCAUCGAGACGGUCAUCAGCACACUCAAGCAUUGGCGGUCAGAGAUGGACGAGCAGCAGGAGGUGUUCCACGACAUGGAGGACGAGCUGAAGAAGGCGCGCAGCAUCAGCGAGCGCAUGUUCAAGGUCCACAACGAGCGGGACUUUGACCUGGACUGGCACCGUGAGAAGGCCGACCAGCUCAGCGAGAGAUGGCACAGCGUUCACUCCCAGAUCGACAACAGGCUUCGGGAGCUUGAAAGUAUCAGCAAGUCUCUGAAAUACUACAAAGACUCGUUCAGCAGUUUGGACGAGUGGGUCAAAGACAUGGAGGCCGCCCAGCUUAAAGCCCAGGAGAACCAACCUGAAGACAGCAAGGCUCUGGCUGAGCUGCUCAACACUCAGAAGGUUCUGGUUGCGGAAAUUGAGCAAAAACAGAGCAGGAUAACAGAAUGCCAGAAGCACUCGGAGCAGUACUCCUCUGCUGUCAAAGAUUACGAGCUUCAGCUGAUGACCUACAGAGCCAUGGUGGACUCCCAGCAUAAAUCGCCUCUGAAGAAACGCAGGAUGCAGAACUCCUCAGACGCCAUCCAGCAGGAGUUCAUGGAUCUGCGAACGCGCUACACCGCCCUGGUCACGCUCAUGACCCAGUGUGUGAAGUUCGCCAGCGAGACGCUGAGACGGGCCGAGGAGGAGGAGAGAUCGGCUGAUGAGGAGAAGAAGGAACAUGGGGAUAAAGUUAGCAAUCUGUUGCACUGGAUGUCCGAUGUGAAAAAGGGCCUGAGCAAUGACGGCAAAGAUAUGACCGAUGGUAACGCAAACACAGAAGCCUCUAAUAAGCCCAAGGUUUCCAUUGAGGAGAUGGUCACCAAAAAGGAACAAAUCGCAGAAGCCCUGAGGGCAACUCAAAUGAUGUUGAAUAAACAUAGUGACAAAAUGUCGGAGGAGGAGAGGCAGAAAGCCCAGGAACAGCUGAUGGCUCUCAGCCAGGCCUACUGCGACCUAUCCCAGCAGUGUGCAGAUCAGAUGCCCUCCACAGACCAGGAUUUUGACGUUGAAACCUGGGACGAGUUCACUGCUCAGAAUGGUCGAAAUGAUCAGGGGGAAAUCGAUUUCCUGCUGGCCUGUCCUCUAAACUCUGGUCUCUAUGGUUCUGAUCUAGAGGUGUGUCCGGAGAUAAACCGUGCCCUGAAACAGGACGCUAGGUAUGACACCCCCCCCCACCAAAGCCCUGAUCUGAACAACGAAGGCAAGUCUACCCAGAGUCCUCCACCUCCCUCCGCCGUACCCCUGACAGCACAACCCACACUCAGGGAGGGCGGAGGGAAGGGAUCAGAGCAGCUGCUCAUUAACAGGACAGGCUACCGGCACGUAGGAGACGAGUUGAACAUGUGCUGUACUGGUGGUGACGCGGUGACCGUAGAGAGGACUUAUCGGUCAAGCUUGUUCCCCGCUACUGUCGAUGCAAACGUUCUAGAGAACCCACGACUGCAAAGGCCUGAGGAGAGUAGUGCAGGGUACGGGGAAAGGGGGGUCGAGGGUUCACAUUCAUCAUUCACACCGGAGCACAUUAAGAUGCUGUUUGCGGACGGAAAUACCUCGCCAAAAUUGCUUAUAGGACAGGGUGUGGGGCAGAGGCAGCAGACAGACGUUGGGCUCCUAGAUGAGGAGGGAAUGACAGCGGAUGAAGCUGUCCAGUGUGAUUUGAUGAGACAUAGUACUACACUCAUUGUGCUGGAUAAACAGAAGGGUUUUACAGGACUUUUAAUUCCUAGCUCAGAUGAAAUCACCAUUGUGUCCUCCUGGUCCGAGCACCGACAACUUGACAGUGACUACAGCAGCACGCUGCUCAGAGAUCGGCCAAAGAUAGCAGCUUUUUACAUACCAGAAAACGAUGAAGUGGUAGACAUUGAUUCCGCCACUAAAUUGGGUUUCAUUGACCAUCACACAGCAGAGUUGUUGAAAUCUAUAGAGUUUCCAGCAGCAUUGCCGGAUAUUGAACAGCUCAACGCAAAAUUUUCCUCCUGGCUCAUGCUAAGGGAACUCACACUCGAUGGAUGCAAUCGUGCCUCAGGCGAUCUAGAGUCAAGCAUCGGACAUCCAGGGACUCCAUCUCCUUCAGAGAUGAGGCAGUUGCUCACCUCAUAUCUCAUGAUGAACAGUUACCUGGACACAAAGUCAGAGCAAAGGCUGUUGGUUCUCGAUAGACGCUUGACAAACAUGGUUCAGCAUUUAGUUGAAGACUUAGCCUUAAGUGAAUCACAAGAACCCAUGUGUUCCUCUCAUGAUUCUGAUGUUUAUGACGUUUCAGGGCAGGGAGGUUACGAGACGGACAGAGAGAACUAUACAGAGCCAGGGGCGUCGCUACACAUUGAUGAGGAGGACACAAGUGAUCUAUCGAGAAACAUGCUUACAUUUGAGUCACAUGCUACAGUCACCUUGGGAAGCGUUGGUAUCUUUGACCAAGCACAAUUCAGUCAUGCUGAGGGAGCUGAAUAUAAUGCAUAUGAGAACACUUUUUGUGUUUCGAUAGAAUCCGGUUCAUUUGAUAAGGACAACGAUUACACACAUUCUAGUGCAUUUGAUAUGAGGUUAGACGAAACCCAAUUAACACACAUGGAGGUCACCGAAUAUAAUGCUGACGACAACACAGUGUGUGUUUCUACAGAAUACAUUUCAUAUGAUGAGGACAGAGAUUACACACAUUCUACAGAAUUUGAUAUGAGCUUAGAUGAAACACAGUUAACACAUGUGGAGGUCGCUGAAUAUAGUGCGGACGACAACACAGUGUGUAUUUCUACACAAUACAUUUCAUUCGAAAAGAGCAUCGAUAAUACACAUUCCACUGAAUUUGAAGGUGUAAAUACGCAAUAUAAUUUGGGCACUGAACAAGAAAGAAAUAACUAUGAAGGGUUUAAUAUUCCAAUGCUUUCUGAGUCUUCCAACUUCCCCACUUCAUGUUCAGGGAAUGUCCUGACUUCUCAUUUACUGUCAAUCGAAAAUAACUCAAAAAGUUAUUCAGCUGCUCUAAAUUCAUCUGAUGAAACACAGUCUGACCUCAAUCCUAACUCACUGUGUAUCAGGUCAGGACACACAACUGAUAUAAGCACAGAACCCUCAUGCUUCCAACAAGUGCCAGAAAACACACUGACAGUGACACACGAGAAUACCUGUGCUCUUGAAAAAGCCCAAAUAGAGCAAGGGGACCUAUUAUCACAUACCACAUCUGUGGAUAAUCAUAGCCCAGAGAGACCUGUGUUUAAUGAGCUAGCGUCUGGCUCACUUGUUCUGCAGCUGUCUGGAGAGGAGCAGAGAGCAGACGAGAAAGGCCCAUUGUCAGUCCUCAAACAAUCAGUGCCAAGUGGCUCAGAGUCCUCUUAUGAUGCCUUGCAUAUUAAUGACCCACCGAGCCUUCUGGGUAGUGGGUGUGAUACAAACUCCAAUUGCCUGGUCACCAUGGGCGGCAAUUUGGCUUUCAAGGAUGUCAGUGAGCGAGUAACUGCGGUCGUGCCUCCCUCGGACCCGACGCCCAGAGCUAUCAUUAACCCUGAGGAAAGUGUCAGUGAUUUCACAUGCAUUCAGCGAAUCCCAGGGCUCAUCAGUGGGCGUGAUGAGGAGAGCUCCUUGCAGCACUUCACUGAGAGCAAGGUGGCUGUGAUGAUGCUUGAUGUCCCUGAUGAGCAGAUCGAUGGGAUGGGUUUAGAGGGUAGAAGUGAACGUGCAGAAUGGAAGUCAGUAGGGAAGGCAGGAGAAAUAAGCCAUCCUCCACAUCCUGUGCUCUCCUCAUUCAUUAGUCACGGGCCUGCUGGCACUCAGAUGAGCUCAUCCGUCUCCUGGAAUCAGGUUACAGAAGCCAGUUCGUUUCCUCACACUGACGGAGCGCUUUCACCCAGGGCAGAUUUGGGCAGGCAGGAAAUGAUCCAUAGCCAGCUCACGCAUACGAUCAAUCAAUAUGAAACCGCAAGCCAAAAUCAUGCUCAACCAACCCUGUCCCCGGUGCCUGAUCAGACCGACAGAGCCUUUGACUGCAGCAUUGAGUCACCGCUGGCACAUGAAUAUACGACUCUGGCCAACCUGUGUUGUGAAGGUGAUGGCUCACCUGUCGAUAGAGACUUUCUGACAGACAAGGGCUGUUACGGCCUUCCUGGCAAUCCUACCGUCAGCCCUGUUCAGAGUGACUCGGGCAUGUCCUCAUCGCACAGCGAUGUGUUGUCCGAGGAGAGUAAAAUGGAAAAUGUGUCUGUGAGCCUCGCUCAGUCAUCUUUGAUUAGUGAGCACAGUCAGGCUAGGGAUGACUCAUUGCCCAGGGAUGUGUUUGGAAGUGCAGUUAGCUCAUGCACUGCGUCCAGGGGAGAUGAUGAGAGGGAGAUCACAGGAGCCAGCCAUGAAAUUACAUAUCCUGAACAGCCGUUCGGUUCAGAAGGGAAUUGUCCUGUUGAAAUGAAGCCCGCGUCUGCUGUAAUGCAGGCUGGCAUAGGUGAUACAGGAUGCAUUCAAGCAGGUGCCGAUUCUAACAACAGGUUGGAGUCGGAUUUCAUUGCUGCAGAUGUAGUCGAAUUUGGCAGGGAUAUUGGCAGUACAAUUUCCUUAGAGGAACAGCACGGCCAAAGUUUGACCAUGACUAAUGAUGGCAUGCCGGUCUGUUUGUCUACUGAUCCAGUUACCAUAGAAACACAUAUGAUUGGACUCAGCGACACGACAAUGAAAAUAGACUGCUGUUCAAACAAAACCAUAAGUGCAGACAUCCACUCUGACCGUCUCCCUAAUGAUAAGCAAACAGGUUCACAAACGGUCAUUUUAGCAGAUGGAAAUAGAGGCGGCGAUUAUACUUUUGCACAGAGUCCCACUUCAUUUUCUGGUGGUUUAUCAGACUCGCCUGCCUUCUCAGACGAAGCUUAUCUUUCUGAUGUUGUGAGGCGUAUUCAUGACAAGCAAGAGGCCUUGGGUGUAGAGGAGGUCCACUUAGAUCCCUUACCUGACAGCACACGGCCUGCUGAAGGUGGUACAGAUGAUGUAACUGCUGAAGCCUUGCUAAAGACUAACACACAGAUUGAUGGGCAGUGUACGCAGCAGGCUAACGUAGACAAAGUGGCUGUUAAAGGGCUCAACAUAGAUGCCUUACAAAAGCCUGACACACAACAUGGAGGAGCAGAGGUAGAAGGGGUUAAAGUUGAUGUCUUGCAACAGACUUACACACAACAGGAUGAGAGGGGGGCUGAGCAAGUUAGGGUCAAUGCCUCAGAAGAACCCAACAUAGAGCAUGAAGGCGGGGGUGUAAACAGGUUAAACAUUGACAGGGGUGUAGAAGGGGAGAAUGCAGAUACCUUACAAGAACCUAACACAAACCAUGAGGAAAGGCGUGCAGAGGAGAUGCAUGACGACAAAGGGGCUAUAAUGAAUGGAGGUGCUUUACAGAAAGUCAACACGCAACAUGAUGAAGGGGAUACAGAGAGGUUUCAUGUUGAGGAGGGGGUUAUGGAAGAGGGAGGCCGAGAUGCACAGUGUAUUGAGGAUGUCAAUGUAGAUCUCUUAGAGAAACCUGACACAGAACGUGAAGCAGCAGGUGUGAAAGGGUGUAAUGUUGAAAUCUUGCAGGAGACUUACACACCACAUGUUGAAGGGGGUGCAGAAGGGGUUUAUGAAGGUGCCUUACAAGAACCCAAAAGUCAAUCUGGUCAAGGGGAUACAGAACAGGUCAACAUAUCUGAGGGGGCUAUUGACGGGGUUAACAUAGAUGUCUUACCGAAACCUGACCGACAACACCAAGAAGGGGGCAAAGAUAAGGCUGACAUGUCUAUAGACGUGACAGGCCUAGAUGGAAAGUGUAUUGAAGAGGUCACCAUUGAUGCCUUACUAAAGCCAAGCCCACAAAAAGGAGAAGUGGGGAUAGAUGGGGUCAAUCUAGAUGACUCGCAAGAGACUCACACAGGACAUGACGAUGGGCUUACUGAGCAGUUUAAGCAGGAUGCCAUACAAAAGCCCAACGCAUACUAUGAAGAAGGGGAUGUAAAAGGUGUUAACAGUGAUGGAGAGGGCAUUGAAGGGCAAGAGUUGAAUGUGGAAGUAGGAAAGAAAACAACACAACAUGUAGAAAGGGGUCUUAAUGCAGAGUCUAUUGAAGAGGUCCACUUAGAUACCUUAGAAGGUGGAGUCAAAGUUGAUAGGCAAGAGACUAGCACACUCCAAGAUGAAGGGGGUACAGUAGGGAUUAACAUAGAUGCCUUACAAAAGCCCAGGACACAACUUGUUGAAGGGGGUGUAAAAGAGGGUAACUGUUAUGAAGGGGGAAUCGAAACAGUUAACAUGGAUGAAAGGGCUGUUAAAGAGCUUAUUGUAGAGGCUUCGCUGAGGCCCAGCACACCAAUUGAAGAACGGGGUUCAGAGAUGGCUGACACACAACGUGUAAAUGGGGGUACAGAGGAGUCAGUGGUAGAUGACUUGCGGUACGCCACAACAGAAGAGGACAGAGGUAGUGUCACUGAGGACCAGGACACUAUGACACGGUGGUCAGACAUGGUGUUGACUACUGAAGACGAAGCCCUUGACAGCCUUCAAAGCAGUGGCCUAGAGCAUCUUGUAAAAUGGCGCGAUCAACUCGACCUCAGUGCAACCGCGCAGGACUUGGGAGACCUAGACAGUGAGACUGAAGAGGAACUCGGUGAGGCCUCUGACACGACCCAGCCUCUCGAUGUGGGAAGCCUCCAGUCCAAACUGCUCCAGGUUCUGCAGAACGUGCCGGAAAGCCAAGAUCAGUCCGUGCUCAAGGGAGUUAUAGAGAGCCUGGUUAUGGGCUCUGACUCCGAGGAAGAGAGAUGGCACACCCUGGAUAGCAUCAAGGAAGAGAGCUCAGAGGAGGAGGAGGAUGGGGAGAGGAUGGAUACCAGUGAAGACCCAAGUCUCCGUCUCAGUACUGAGCUCUGCCAUCCACUGCCUGCCCAGACCUGUUCUGAAGUCCCCUUCGAUGGGGAAGACAAGCAGAACAAUUUGCCCUGCUGCACUCAGGAGUACCUGGAGUGCGUGGGAGGACUGCAGGACCACGCAGACUUUUUAGAUGAUGUCAAAAAUGAACUUUUAUCCCAGUGCUCCUUCAGCAGCAACAUGGAGGAGUUGCAGGACCAGCUCGGAGAUGUGCAGACGAUGAUGUGCAACCUGGCUAAAUUAGAAGUUGUACUCAUGGCGGACUUGGAGAAAGCAAAGGAGCUGUUGGGUUCUGUCGAUGGCUACAUGCCCACACAGGUCCGACAGGACUUGGCUUCAUCGCUGAAACAUCUCGGGACCGACUUUACUGCCAUUUCUCAAAUGUGCACAAUCAAAAGUCAAGCUUUAACUCAGGCAAUCGAAUCUGGAAAGUUACAUUUGGAUGGGAUAUACCAGAAACAUCUCAGUAAGUUGGAUAAGCUAAGCGGCUGCCUUCAAGACAACUCUGAGACGUGCGACGCUGGUUUGCUCAACACGCACGAUGUGGAGACGCUGAAACAAAAACUCCAGCAGAACAAGGAAAUGGAAAGCAACUUGCAACAGGGAGUGCGUCUCGUGUUGGAGGACGUGGCCUUCGACGUCCAGUCGUUUGUCUCAGAGAACACCGAGUUCUUGAGCUCGGCUCAGAGCAAACACAUCCUCAAGCUGCUGAGCACCACUCAGCGAGCGUUCAGGGAACAGACGGAGACAGUGGCCGCCCAGAGACAGGCCCUGGAAGACCUGCUGGAGGCCAGGGAGAGAGACACGCAGCAGCAGGUCGUCACAGAGAAACAGAAGGAGUUUGCAAGCAAGUUAGACGAGCUCUGCGACAGCCUCACCCUCACCGAGAACCGUCUGAUGGGCCACCAGCACGAGGCCGGACACGCGGACAGCGUUAGCGACCUGCAGCAGUAUCAGCAGGAGCACCAGGCCCUGCAGAAGGACGUGCUGACCAACGCCGGGGCCUUGAACGACGUCAUCAGCAGCACCAAGAAGUUCCUGGAGGAGAACCGGGCCAAGAUGAGCCCGGAGCAAGUGGCCGCGGUGGAGAAGAAGCUGGAGGAGGCCAAGAGCAAGGCCAAGCUCAUCAACCAACGGGCCGAGGAGUCCAGGAAAGACCUGGAGAAGGUGGUGACGACGGCCAUCAAGCAGGAGAGCGAGAAGACGGCGGCAGUGGAACAGCUCGAAGAGAGCAAGAACAAGAUCGAGGGACUGCUGGGCUGGAUCUCUAACAUCGGGAACGAGACGGAGGCCGGAACGGGGUCCCCCGGCGACGUGAGCAAGGAGAACGGGAACCUCCCCGAGGAGACGUCCGCGGCAGGGGCGCCGGGAGAGGACGAGGAGAAGGAGGACGACGCCAAUGGCAACGGCCCAGAUACCGCUGAGACCGACUCAGUGAGCCGGACCAAUGAGAAGAACGCCUCACUGGAUAUCGACAAGCAGUAUGACCGUGUCAAGGCGCGGCACCAGGAGAUCCUGUCCCAGCAGCAGGAGCUGAUCGUGGCCACGCAGUCGGCUCAGGCGCUGCUGGACAAGCAGGCCCAGGUGCUGGCCCCGGAGGAGCAGGAGAAGCUGCAGCGGGACGUCCAGGAGCUGCGGGCCCGCUACGACGCCUCCCUCACCCGGGCCGAGCAGCAGAUGAAGCAGGUGCAGAGCGUCCAGGAGGAGCUCGGGAAGUUCCAGGGCGACAGCGUGGAGUUCGAGGCGUGGCUGGACCAGGCGGAGGCGGAGAUGGAGGAGCUGUGCGCUCCGGGCGACGGCCUGGACGUCCUCGCCCAGAAGCUCCAGCGGCAGAAGAGCUUCUCGGAGGACGUGAUCUCCCACAAGGGGGACCUCCGCUUCAUCACCAUCUCGGGGCAGAAGGUUCUGGACGUGGCCAAGGCCUGUGGCUCGGCGGAUGCCAUGGAUAAGGGCUCCCAGCUCGCGGUGGAUACCUCCGGGUCCUGCGCUUCAGUCAAGGAGAAGCUGGACUCUGCAGCCGGCCGCUACAAAGCAUUAUAUACUCAGUGCAACAGUUUGGCCAGCAACCUGAAGGACGUGGUGGACAAGUACACCAAGUAUGAAGACUCAUCUGCCGAGCUGGUGAAGUGGCUCAACAGCUCAGAGGAGGAGGCCAGAAGACAGCAGUCUGAGGCCAUCGCUGCCGACCCCCAGACACUGCAGAUACAACUGGAAGACACCAAGUCACUGCAGGGACAGAUGACGGGCCGUCAGACCGCGGUCGAAACACUCCGCAAAACGUCCGACUCUCUGAUCUCGUGCGAGGGCGACCUCCUCAGCCACCCGGAGGCCAUCCAGGAGAUCGUGGAUGACAUCGCUGAGCGCUACGACAACCUGUCCAAGUCGGUGAGCGACCGCAACGAGAAGCUGCAGAUCACGCUGACCCGGUCCAUGAGCGUGCAGGACGGCCUGGACGAGAUGAUGGGCUGGAUGCAGGGGCUGGAGGACAGCGUCAGGGAGAAGGGGCCCGUCCCGCUGGACUCCCCGGCCUUGGGGACCCUCCUCAGCAAAGAGGCAGCGCUGGGCCAGGACAUCGCCAGCCGCCAGAGCAGCAUCUCCGCCAUCAAGGCCAAGGUGGAGAAGUUCGCAGAGACGGCCGACGCUAGUGCCGCGGCUCCGCUGCAGUCCAAGAUGGAGUCUCUCUCCCGCCGCCUCGCCGACACCUGCGACUCCCACAACCUCAAGGUGUCGGGCCUGGAGGAGGUGAAGGACAAGGUGGAGCGCUUCGAGAAGACGGCCGAGGAGGUGCAGCAGUUUGUGCAGAAGCGGUCGCAGGAGCUGCGCGAGACGGACGGCCCGGGGAAGAGCUUCAAGGAGCUGUCGCAGCUCGUGAAGGACACCACGGCUGAGAUGGCCGAACACAGCAAGGACCUGGACGUGCUGAAGAGCCUGUCCAAGGAGCUCUGCCCCAUCAACCCCGAGGCGAGCAAGGCCCAGAUCCAGGGCCGGCUGGACAGCCUCGCCAGCGACUACAGCUCCCUGAAGGACAUCGUGAAGGAGAAGGAAGAGGAGGUGUCCUCCUGCCAGGACCAGCUGGCAGCGUUCCGGACCGCGGCGGGGGCUCUAACCUCCUGGCUGGAGGAGUCGGACCGGAAGGUUCCGACCCUGCAGCCCGGCAGCGGCGGGACACAGAGCCUGGAGAAGGACCUGCUCAGCCUCAACGGCUUACUGGAGGAAUGGACGGCCAAAGGCCCCGCAGUGCAGGAACUAAACAGCCGAGGGGCCGCCCUGUGCACACACAUCAGCGCCCUCACAUCCCCGGCCAAGAAAAACGGGGCCAAUAAGUCAGCUGUUACUAACGGUGGUGGUCCGGCCGGGAGUCAUGCCUACCUUACCAAUAAAGACCUCAUGGUGAUCCAGCAGAACAUGUCCUACGUCAGCGAGGGCUACACCACCCUCGGUGGCAGGCUGAACAGCUCAGCGGCCCAGCUCAGCGAGCUGCUGGAGGGGGUGAAGGAGACCCAGAAGGAGGCGGACCUCAUGGUGGCCUGGCUGGGGGACAUGAAGCACAAGGCGGCCUCCGGGAACUCUGAAGCCGGGGAGAAGGGCUCGGUGAAAGCGCAGCUGGAGCAGCAGAAGGAGUUUGAAGCCGACAUGAAGCAAAAGCAGGAGAAGCUCCAGCAGCUGAGACAGAAGCUCCUCCACCUGCUGGAGACCCACCCGGAUUCUCCCGAGGCGGCGACCUGGAAACAGAUGCUGGCAGAGAUAGACGCCGCCUGGGAUGAGGUCACUUCCUGCGCGGAGGAGAGGAAGCAGCACCUGGAGCACUCCAGCCGGAACCUGGAGGCCUUCCACACGGCGGAGCCCCAGCUGCGGCAGUGGCUCUCGGAGAAGGAGCUGAUGAUGACCGUGCUGGGACCGCUCUCCGUGGACCCCAACAUGCUCAAGAUGCAGAAGCAGCAAGUCCAGAUCCUCCAGAACGAGUUUGAGAGUCGUAAGCCCCAGUACGAGGAGCUCCACAAGGCCGCCACCGCCAUCCUGGACCCCACCUCCUCCACCUCCUCCACCUCCUCGUCCUCAGAGGUCCAGGCGGUCACGGAGCAGCUGGCGGGCGUCACCCAGAAGUGGGAGGACGUGACGGGCCAGCUGGGCAGCCGGGCGAGCCUCAUCGACCAGGCGGCGCUGAAGACGGGUCAGCUCCAGGAGCUCCUGAAGGGCCUGGGCGCGGCCAGCGGCCGGCUGGACGCCCAGCUCAGCGGGGAGCAGGGCCAGCAGCACAGCACCCAGCCCGACGCCGUGAAGAAGCAGCUGGAGCAGGUGCACUCCAUCUCAGCCCAGCUCCGGGAGGAGAGGCGGAGGCUGAAGGAGGCCGAGGCGGUGGCGGCCGAGCUCAGCGCCAUGGUGACGGAGGACUACCUGAAGGCCGACCUGGCCAGGCAGCUGGAGAGCGUCAGCAAGCCCUUCAAACAGCUGGAGGAGAAAGCAGCCAAGCGCGCCCAGCAGCUGGCCUCCACCUUCGACAGCUCCCAGCAGUUCCACCGCGCCUCGGAGGAGUUCCAGACCUGGCUGGACGAGAGGCUCCACGAGGAGGCCUCCCCGCGGGCCGUCUCGGCCCAGGUGGAGCCCCUCCAGCGCAGCCUGACGGAGCACGAGGCCCUGCGGCGGGCCCUGAGCGACCACGAGCGGCCCUACGCCACCAUCGCCGGCGAGGGCGAGGCGCUGCUGCAGGACACGGACGGCGCGGAGAAGCUGGCGCUGCAGGGCCAGCUCGCCACCCUCUGCUCCAACUGGGAGGAGGUGAAGAAGGGCUCGGCCGACCGCGGCGAGGCCCUGGCGACCGCGCUGCAGCGCGCCGUGAGGUACCGCGACCAGGCGGAGAAGCUGAGCGCCUGGGCGGAGGAGUGCGAGGCCAGCCGGGACCGCGUGCAGACGGCCGUGGACCCCGUGGCCCUGGAGAGCUCCCUCUCGCAGCUCAAAGCCCUGCAGAAGGACGUGGACAAGCACCGCGGGGCGGUGGAGCAGCUGAACGCGGCGGCGGACAGCCUGCUAGAGGCGGCCAACGCCGACACCGACGGCGUCAAGGAGGAGCGGGCGGCCCUCGGCGAGAGGGUGGACAAGCUGGCGGAGGGGCUGCAGAGCAAGAGGGAGUCGCUGGAGAAGACCUCGCAGACGCUGAAGGAGUUCAACGACACCCGGAAGGAGGCCAAGAGCCAGAUAGAGAGGGCCCAGAAGCAGGUGGAGGCCUACGAGUCGCUGGGGGCGCAGGCCCACAGCACCAAGACCCUGACCAACAUGAAGGCCCAGCAGAAGAGCCUGGAGGCCGUGCAGAGUCAGGUGGAGCAGCUGAAGAACCUGGCCAAGGACCUGGUGGUGGACGUCCCCGACGCCGACGGCGUGACGGACCUCCUGCUGCAGGCCGACGGCCUGGAGAAGGACUACGGCUCCCUGAACAAGAAGGUGGAGGAGACCUGCACCACGCUGGAGGGCAAGCUGCAGGGCAUCGGUCAGUUCCAGAACGACAUCCGGGAGAUGUACGGCGAGUUCACCGACCUGGACGACGAGCUGGACGGCAUGGAGCCCGUCGCCCUGGACCUGGCCGCCCUGAAGGACCAGCAGGAGGGCAUCCAGGGCUUCACCGCCAAGCUGCGGGAGGUGACGGCCAACACGGUCAACGCCGGGGAGAGCUGCAGGAAGAUGCUGGAGACGGAGUCGUCGCCGGAGCUCUUCGGCCUGAAGAGAGACGUGGACGCUCUCAGCAAGCAGUGCGGCAAACUGCUGGACCGGGCGAGGGGCCGGGAGGAGCAGGUCGCCGGGGCGCGCCGACAACUGGAGGAGCUCCACUCCAAGCUGCGGCGCAGCGGGGAGAAGCUGAGUCGCGCCGUGGCGACGGAAGAGGCCCAGGGCGUGGUCGCCGUGGAGACGGAGGUCAUCAACCAGCAGCUGGAGGCCUUUAAGGUGUUCGAGAAGGAGGAGAUCGAGCCUCUGCAGACGGAGCUCCAGGACAUCAGCUCCCUGGGCCAGGCCCUGAUCCAGAGCGCCGCCAAGGCCUCCAGCACUCAGGGUCUGGAGGACGAGCUGGACAGCAUCAACGCCAAGUGGAACACGCUCAACAAGAAGGUCGCCGAGCGGUCGGCCCAGCUCCACGAAGCCCUGCUGCAUUGUGGGAGAUUCCAGGACGCCCUGGAGUCGUUGCUCAGCUGGCUGACCGACACAGAGGAGCUGGUGUCCAAUCAGAAGGCUCCGUCCGCCGAGUUCAAAGUGGUCAAGGCGCAGAUCCAGGAACAGAAGCUCCUCCAGAGACUGCUGGACGACCGCAGGCCCACGGUGGAGCUGAUCAAGAAGGAAGGGGGCAAGGUGGCGGAGCUGGCAGAGUCUGUGGACCGGGACAAGGUGGCCAGGGAGAUGGAGGGCCUCGGGCAGAGGUGGGACACGCUGCUCAAGAAGGCUGAGAACAGACACAAGCAGCUAGAGAGCAUCCUGGUCGUCACACAGAAGUUCCACGAAACCCUGGAGCCGCUCUCUGAUUGGCUGCAGGCUACAGAGAAGCACCUGGCCAACUCUGAACCCAUUGGCACAGAGUCGUCCAAACUGGAGAAGCAGAUCUCCCAGCAAAAGGCCUUAGAGGAGGAGAUCCUCAGCCACAGCCGCGACCUGUGCCAGGCGCUCAGCCUGGGCCAGAUGCUGCGGGGCGCGGUGAGCUCGGUGGACGACGUGGACCUGGUGCAGGUGCGGCUGGACGCCACGCAGGCGUCCUACAUCGAGCUCCAGGAGCGCUGCCGCCGCCGCGCAGACACGCUGCGCCAGGCGCUGGCCAACGCCCGGCUGUUCGGCGAGGACGAGGUGGCGCUCAUGACCUGGCUGAGCGAGGCCCACGGCCGGCUCAGCGAGGCCGGCGUGCAAGACCCCCGGCCGGACGCGCUGGAUGGACAGCUGGCGGAGCAACGGGCUCUCCAGGAGGACAUUAAGCUGAGGCGGCAGAACGUAGACCAGGCCAUCGCCAACGGCAUGGAGCUGCUGAAACAGACCACCGGCGACGAGGUGGUCGCCAUCCAGGGCAAACUGGACGGGAUCAAGACCAAGUACGCUGAGAUCGACACCAUGAGCCGGGGCGUGUGUGACAACCUGCAGAGGGUGCUGGGCCUGUCCACCGAGCUGCAGAGCACCCACCAGGAGCUGGACUCCUGGCUGGGGGGGGUGGAGGCCGAGGUCAGCUCCUUCGCCGGCCUGAAGCCCGUCGGAGAGGAGCUCACCCAGGCCCAGGACAGACAGAAGGCCCUGCUGAAGGAGGCCAAGGAACGGAAGCCCCUGGUGGACAAACUGAACGAGCUGAGCGGCUCGCUGCUCGACCUGGUUCCCUGGCACGCCCGCGAGGGCCUCGACAAGCUGGUCACCGCCGGCAACGGCCGCUACCGGGCCCUCAGCGACGCCGUCACCCAGCACGUGGACCGGAUCAACGCCGACAUGCUCAAGUCCCAGCAGUUCGGAGAGGCGGCGGACGCUGAGCUGGCCUGGCUCAGCGAGGCCCAGGACCGGCUGCAGUCCAUGGGGGAGAUCCGGCUGGAGCAGGAUCAGACCCUCGCCCAGCUCCAGGCUCAGAAGGUGUUCUCCAUGGACAUCAUGAGGCACAAAGACAGUGUGGACGAGCUGGUGAAUACGGGCAAGGCCAUCAUGGACAGCAAGAACCCCGAGGAGAAGGAAGUCCUCCAGGCGAAGAGUCGGGCACUGGUGGAGAGGUACGCGGCGGUCAGCCAGCUGAACUCGGAGCGCUGUCUGCAGCUGGAGCGCGCCCAGUCCCUGGCCGGCCAGUUCUGGGAGACCUACGAGGAGCUGUGCCCCUGGCUCCAGGACACCCUGGCCGCCUUCAGCCAGCUGCACCUCCCCGCCAUCGAGUACGAGACCCUGAGGCGGCAGCAGGAGGAGCUGAGGCAAAUGAGAGAGCUGAUCGCCGAGCACAAGCCCCACAUCGACAAGAUGAACAAGACGGGACCCCAGCUGCUGGAGCUCAGCCCCCUGGAGGGGGAGCCCAUCAGGGAGAAGUACACGUCCACCGACCGGCUGUACGCCAAGCUGAAGGCCGACGUCACGCAGAGAGCCGCCACCCUGGACGAGGCCAUCUCCAAGUCCACUCAGUUCCACGACAAGAUCGACCCGAUGCUGGAGUCCCUGGAGCGGAUGUCGGAGAGGCUGCGCCAGCCCCCCUCCAUCUCGGUGGAGGUGGAGAAGAUCCGCGAGCAGCUGACGGAGAACAAGGCGGGGUCCAUGGACCUGGAGAAGCUGCAGCCGUCCUACGAGAUGCUGAGGCAGCGCGGCGAGGAGAUGAUCGCCCGAUCGGAAGGCGCUGACAAGGACCUCUCCGCCAAAGCGGUCCAAGACAAGCUGGACCAGAUGGUGUUCCUGUGGCAGGACAUCCAGGCCCUGCAGGAGGAGCGCGAGGCCAAGCUGCUGGACGUGAUGGACCUGGCCGACAAGUUCUGGUGCGAGCACUGUGCCCUCCUCAUCACCACCAAGGACAGCCAGGACCUGCUGAAGGAGCUGGAGGAGCCAGGGGUGGACCCCUCCGUGGUCAAGCAGCAGCUGGAGUUUGUGGAGGGAUUCAAGGAGGAGAUCGACGGCCUUCAAGAGGAGCUGGAAGUGGUCCAGAACCUCGGCACAGAACUCAUGACCGCCUGCGGAGAACCGGACAAACCCAUCAUGAAGAAAAGCCUCGAUGAGGUCAACUUGGCCUGGGAGAACCUGGAUAAGACCUGGAAGGAGAGGGUGGAGAGGUUGGAGGAGGCCAUGCAGGCCGCAGUGCAGUUCCAGGAUGGCCUACAGGGCAUGUUCGACUGGGUGGACAUCCUGGAGAGCAAGCUGGACUCCAUGCCCCCCGUGGGCACCGACGUGGACACGGUGAAGCAGCAGCUCGCCGACCUCAAGGAGUACAAGGGGGAGGCGUACCAGCUGCAGAUCGAGCUGGAGCGCCUGAACCACGCGGCGGGCCUGCUGCUGAAGAAGGUGACGGACGAGGCGGACCGCAGCGCCAUCCAGGAGCCCAUGGCCGAGCUCAAGAUGCUCUGGGACAACCUGGACGAGAAGAUCAUCAACCGACAGCACAAGCUGGAGGGGGGGCUGCUGGCCCUGGGUCAGUUCCAGCACGCGCUGGACGAGCUGCUGGCCUGGAUGUCCCACACGGACGAGCUCCUGGGGGAGCAGAGGAAGGCCGGGGGGGACCCCAAGGCCAUCGAGAUCGAGCUCGCCAAGCACCACGUCCUGGAGAACGACGUGCUGGCCCACAAGACGACGGUGGAGACGGUGCAGCGGGCGGGCGGGGAGUUGGUUCAGUCCAGUGCGGGGGAGGAGGCCUCGGCGCUGCAGACCCGGCUGGACCACCUCAACCAGCGGUGGACCGUCAUCCUGGAGAGGACCGGCCUGAGGAGGCAGCAGCUGGAGAGCUCUCUGCUUCAGGCCCAGGGUUUCCAUGGCGAGAUCGAAGAUAUGCAGCAGUGGCUGAAAGACACGGAGCGUCAGCUGUUGGCAUCAAAGGCGGUGGGAGGCUUACCAGACACGGCUCGGGAACAGCUUAGCGUCCAUCUGGAGCUGUGUGCCGCCCUGGAGGCGAAGGAGGAGCUGUACGGCACGCUGGUCACCAAAGGUCAGCAGCUGCUGACCCUGACCCCCGAGGGUCUGGACAGCAACACGGAGCAGGACCUGGCCAACCUCCGGGACAAGUGGGAGGCCGUGCGGACCAAGGUGGCCGAGAGAAAGGUGAAACUGGAGGAAGCCCUGUCGGUGGCGACGGACUUCCACGACUCCCUGCAGGACUUCAUCAACUGGCUGACCCAGGCCGAGCAGACCCUCACCAUGGUGUCCCCCGCCUCGCUCAUCAUGGACACCGUCAUGUUCCAGAUCGACGAGCACAAGAUGUUCGUGACGGAGGUGAACGGCCACCGGGACCACAUCAUCGAGCUGGACAAGACGGGGACGCACCUCAAGUACUUCAGCCAGAAGCAGGACGUGGUGCUGAUCAAGAACCUGCUGGUCAGCGUGCAGGGCCGCUGGGAGAAGCUGCUGCAGCGCUCAGUGGAGCGCGGCCGCCUUCUGGACGACGCCCGCAAGAGAGCCAAGCAGUUCCACGAGACGUGGACCAAGCUGAUGGACUGGCUGGAGGAGUCGGAGAAGUCCCUGGACUCUGAGGUGGAGAUCGCCAACGACCCCGACCGCAUCAAGGCCCAGCUGGCCCAGCACAAGGAGUUCCAGAAGGCGGUGGGCAGCAAGCACGCGGUGUACGACACCACGGCGCGCACGGGCCGCGCGCUGAAGGACAAGACGGGCCUGAAGGACGACAAGCAGAAGCUGGACGACAUGCUGAGCGAGCUCCGGGACAAGUGGGACACCGUCUGCGGCAAGUCGGUGGAAAGGCAGAACAAGCUGGAGGAGGCGCUGCUGAUCUCAGGUCAGUUCACGGAGGCCCUGCAGGCGCUCAUCGACUGGCUGUACAAGGUGGAGCCCCAGAUGGCUGAGGACCAGCCGGUCCACGGGGACAUAGACCUGGUGCUCAACCUGAUCGACAACCACAAGGUGUUCCAGAAGGAGCUGGGCAAGCGCACGGUGAGCGUGGCGGCCCUGAAGCGUUCUGCGCGGGAGCUGCUGGACAGUAGCCAUGACGACCCCACCUGGGUGCGCGCCCAGAUGGGGGAGCUGGGCGGGCGUUGGGACACGGUGUGCACGCUGUCCGUGUCCAAGCAGAGCCGGCUGGAGCAGGCCCUCGGACAGGCGGAGGAGUUCCACUCUACCGUUCACAUUCUGCUGGAGUGGCUGGCUGAGGCCGAACAGAGCCUGCGUUUCCACGGCAGCCUGCCUGAUGACGAGGACGCCCUCCGCGCGCUGAUAGAGCAACACGAGGGCUUCAUGAAGAAGCUGGAGGAGAAGAGGGCGGCUCUGAACAAGGCCACCAGCCUGGGAGAGGACAUCCUGACCACCUGCCACCCGGACUCCAUCACCACCAUCAAGCACUGGAACACCAUCAUCAAGGCCCGCUUCGAAGAGGUCCAGGCCUGGGCGCGGCAGCACCAGCAGCGGCUGGCCACGGCGCUGGAGGAGCAGCGGGCCACGGCGGAGCUGCUGAAGGGGCUGCUGGGCUGGCUGCAGUGGGCCGAGAGCAGCCUGGACGCCAAGGACAAGGAGGCGCUGCCCCCGGAGCUGGAGGAGGUGAAGGGCCUCAUCGCCCAGCACCAGACCUUCAUGGAGGAAAUGACCAGGAAGCAACCAGAUGUUGACAUCAUCACCAAGACACACAAACGCAAGAAUGCUGCAGAGCCGGCCGUCCAGUCCCAGAUCCCCGUGCUGGAGAAGGGAAGACCAGGCCGGAAGCGCUCUCCCACGCAGGCCAUGUACCAGGCGGCCAGCCAGACGCCCCUCGAGACCAAGAACCCGCAGGUCAACCUGCUGGUCAGCAAGUGGCAGCAGGUGUGGCUGCUGGCGCUGGACCGCAGGAGGAAGCUGAACGACGCCCUGGACCGGCUGGAGGAGCUGAAGGAGUUUGACAACUUUGACUUUGACGUGUGGAGGAAGAAGUACAUGCGCUGGAUGAACCACAAGAAGUCGCGCGUCAUGGACUUCUUCAGGCGCAUCGACAAAGACCAGGACGGCAAGGUGACCCGCGAGGAGUUCAUCGAGGGCAUCCUCUCCUCCAGAUUCCCGACCAGUCGCCUGGAGAUGAGCGCGGUGGCGGACAUCUUCGACCGCGACGGCGACGGCUUCAUCGACUACUACGAGUUUGUGGCGGCGCUGCACCCCAACAAGGAGGCGUACAAACCGCUAACGGACGCCGACAAGAUCGAGGACGAGGUUACGCGUCAAGUGGCGAAAUGUAAAUGUCCUAAGAGAUUCCAAGUGGAACAAAUCGGAGCGAACAAAUAUCGGUUCUACCUUGGAAACCAGUUUGGUCUGGUUCACUGCUUACAUGACUCGGUAAUCGGCGAUGAGACACUAGCAAACAGGGAAAGUCAAAAUCUGUCCCCACACCUACACGUCAUGGAAAGCUGUAUCCUGUUCGGAGACUCCCAGCAGCUCCGUCUGGUGCGGAUCCUGCGCAGCACGGUGAUGGUGCGGGUGGGCGGCGGCUGGAUGGCCCUGGACGAGUUCCUGGUGAAGAACGACCCCUGCCGCGUGCAUCACCACGGCAGCAAAAUGCUGCGCUCGGAAUCAAACUCCUCCAUAACUCAGUCUCCUUUAGGUUGGCAAAUCUCAAACUUACUCACCGUGCUCCAUGACCCCAAUAGCGCUAAAGGACGCACCAACCUGGAGCUCCGGGAGAGGUUCAUCCUCCCCGAGGGGACCACCCAGAUCAUGGCCAGCUUCCGCUACCGCGGCCGUCGCUCGUCCAGGCCCUCGUCCCGCGCCGCCUCCCCCAACCGCUCCACCUCCAGCCACAGCUGCCCCGCGCCGGCCCCCAACGCCACCCCGGUCACCACGGUGACCAGCGGGACCCCCAAGAACUCCCAAGCCAUUGUCCGCAAUUACGAUAAGCCCUGGCUUGUCAACAGCAAGCCCUCGUCUCCUCUUAAGUCUUCAGACGGCUGUGGUAGCCCUGGCUCGUCGUCAGAGGGCACGCCAGUACAGGGCAGCAAACUACGUCUCCCAGGAUACCUUUCUGGGAAAGGCUUCCAGUCAGGCGAGGAGGGGACCUUGAUAAACAACGCUGUACUCAAGGCGCGCGCGCAGGCGAUGGGCGAGAGGAAGAACCCCAGCCAGCCAGGCAGUCGCGGCAGCAGCCGGCGAGGCAGCGACGCCUCCGACUUCGACAUCUCCGACAUCCAAUCGGUGUGCUCCGACGCCUCGGAGAACGUGGGCGAACACGGAAGACCCUCCCCCCGCGGCUCGGCCGCCCGUCAGCACGGCGGGAAGCCCUCCAAGAUCCCCACGCCCAAGCGGAGAGCCACGCCCACGAGCAAACUGGCCAAGGGAUCCAAGCGAUAGCUCCCGGCCUUGACCCCCCCCCCCCCCACCCACCUCACCCCUCGACCCUUGACCCCUCACCCCCCCCAACCACCACCCCUUCCAGGAAGCCGUUGGCUCCGAGCGGUGUGCAAUAGACACUGGAAAGAAAACACGAACUCAGAAAAAAAGAAGAAGACGAAGGACUGCGAAACGGUGUUAGUGUUAUUUAAAUUGCUGCAAAGAUGUAAAAUAUUCCAUUAAGAGGCGAUGUGGUUUUAAUUUUAACGUGCGAAUGGAAUGUCAAUGGCCUUGUGGAUGUGUCUUAAUGUAUUUUAUUUUUGUGAAUAAUGUCGAUUUUAGUUUUUACCGUUUUAAUUUUAUUAACGCUAAAACCUGUAGUGGUUUGAAAUACGACUUUUGAAAGAAAAAAAUCGUUGAACUGGGUGGGUGUAGCCUAACAGUUGUACUAAGCUAUCGAAUGGCAUAAUAACAUCAAGACUGUUCUCUGAGAGAGUUAAUGAAUGUACUGUUUAUUUAUUCGUGGUGAUUUUGCGGAAAAGGGUGUUUGCGUGAGACACACUAAUUAUGUAUUUAAAUUGCGAUGUUGUACUGCCAGCGCUGCAUAUUACAGGGCAAUCCAAUAUACCACAACAUACCACGGCGCACCCUGCAUAGGAAGAGCUCGAGUCGACGCAGGAAAACCUCUCCAAUCAUGUAGCUUGUAACUCCUAUUAAUCUCAGCCAAUGCUAAUCCGGUUUCAAUCGAUGGGUUCCCGCAUGGAGGCCUAUAGACUAUAGCCCUGUAGAGUAGCUCCUCGCAGCGCGUGGCCUUCUGUUUCCGCUCUGGUUCAGUAGAGAUGUCAUGGUUACUGUAACAUAUUUGUAAUAAACCACACGCCUGCUGAACGCUGA